AAAUGGAUAUACGUCAGCAGGAUAAUAAUUAUAAUGAAAAUAAUUAUUGUCAUAUUUUCAUAAAAAUACAAUGGAAUUAGGUAUUUUAUACGAUUUCUUUAACGGCUUUUUCACGGCAUAAAAUUGUUUGUUUGUUGAGAGGGCAAGGCUGAAUUAAUACAAUUGAAAUUAGUCGCAUUCGCAAAAUAGCUUGGAUCCGGCCUUCAUGAAAGAAUUUAUGGAGAACGACAAGGUGAAAAAUUUUGUUUAUUGGUGCAAUUAAUCGAUCAAUAUUAAUUACUUACAAGUUUUUAAAUAUUUUGUAAGUUUUCGUAAGAGGUGUCACAUUUUUUACUACCUUGACAUUUAAAUAUUUGCUUGAUAACAUUAAUCAUUUUUGUUUGGCAAGAUAAGCCUUUUAUCAUGCAGGCUGUUACGUAACUCUUUCGAGCACAUGAUGAUUUUUACAGUAACAACACAUUCCAUUCUGUUAAUAAAUACUUGCAUGAAUUUUUUUAGUGGUUGAGUGAGUGAAAUUCCGAAAGUGAUAUUUUUAAAAUUUUUGUACGUGACUAAAAAAUUGUUUUUCGAACUUCUCAUGGAAAUUAAAAUAAGCGUCUAGUCUUAAGUUUUCUGUUUUACAAGAAAAAUCAGGACCAACUCCGGGUCAAAUUUUUACUUGUAUUUAAAAUUUUACAUUAUAGCAUUAAUAAUUUUUUUAAAUUCUAUUCUGAACCUAAAUUCAUACCGAGAUUAAUUAGUAUUCAAAAUUUUUCUUACCUGUAAAAUCGUGUAAUCCUAGAUAAAUAUUACCAAAAUGAGCAAAAUGAAGCCAUUAGAAAAAUUAAAAGCCAACUUUAACAUGAAUACGACCGAGGAGAUUUACUUUUGGAAAAGCGAGUGGGAACGUUUCAACCCCUCCGAUCGCUUAUGUAACGUUUCCCUGCCCUAUCUCGCCUUCCGGUUCGGCAUGUUGGCCUAUUUUCUGGGGGGCACGAUCUACAACAUGUACUGCACCCAAGACAUCAACCUGUACUUCAUCUUCCUCACAAAUUGGUCAUUCACCCUCCAACUAAUCUACACGGCGUUAUUCUUCUUUCGACUCGUGUGGGUGCGGUGGAAGCGAGAAAAUGUGGAAAAUCGUCUUUUUUCCAGCUCCGCCGUCAACCCCGACCCCAGUCUCCCCUGGGCGGAGAAGAUAAUCUGGGUUGGUGUCAACCUCAUCGUGGUCGUCCCGUACGUCGUGACGUUGGGGUAUUGGAUGUUCAUCUUUAGUGGAAGUUUCAAGGACCACACGACCUGCGAGGUUGCGAGUGAUCUUAUCGUUCAUGCGUUCAACUCUCCCGUAGCGUUGCUGGAUGUGAUGGUCAUGGCGGUCCCGAUCCGAAUAAGUCACAUGAUCUUCCCCAUCAUUGUGGGAUUUCUGUACAUUUUCUUUUCAGGAAUGUACGAGGUAGGAAACGGACAAUACGCGCAAGGCCUAGAAUAUAUUUACUCCAUGCUGAACUGGCGACAUAAGCCGGGAAUGGCGAGUGUCGCCUCAGUCGUCGGGAUUUUGGGGGCCGGUCUGCUCCACUUGGUCAUGGGAUGGGGCGUGUACCGUCUCAGGGUCUUCUUGGCGAGGAAAUUGGUCGUCGGGGGACGUGGCGCCGGGAGAGGAAAUUUGACCAUUAGUCCGGACGAUGUUACCACAAAUGAGGCCAGAAAAGGGUCCAACAUGGCCUUCGAUAACCCAACCCUGGUCCAAGAUUCAGAAAGCGGGCUGAAGGAAUCGGAUCAACUGGAAACUAAAUCGCUCCCAGGUUACAACACAUUUUCAACAGAAGCUGAACGAAUAACGAAUAAAGUGUGAGAUCAGAAGUAAA